AUGAUUAGGUCGACAUCAAGUGUGACGACGAUUCAAAGUCAAGCUGAUGAUUGUCAUGACGUUAGACAACAAAUUCAUUUAAUAAACUUUUUUGUCAUUUUAACGAAUGCAUUGUGUGUAGGAGUUUUGAUGAUUUAUAGCGCCAUGGAAAGUGUUUUUCUUCAUAAGCUGACAGACGACAGUCAGACAAACAACAUAAUAUUGAAAGCUUUAAUUUGUUGGCUUUUCUGUCAAGAAAUAUGCCAAUGA